AUGUCUUCCGAACAAGGUUACUCGGUGGUCCCUGUGCAGCGAAUCUUCCUGCCCAUCAGGAUCGUUCAGAUGGUCUUUACCGUCAUCAUCUUCGGCAUUGCGUGCUACCAUCUUUCUCUGGCUCCGAGUUAUGAUGCUGGCGGCCUUAGCCUCUUCACCGCUCUGGCCACUAUAAUCUUCCUGAUCUACUGGUUCGUGGCAAACAGUCCAACCAACACUCAUCUUUACAAUUACUGGGCUGUGUUUGCUGUUGAGCUCUUCGUCCUCAUCUUUUGGCUCUGCACCUUUGCCCUCGACGCCGACAAGGUCUCUUUGUACGUCCAGGCUACAAACUAUUCGUCAAGCUACGAUGGUACCGACUAUUCCGGUGAUGGUACCACCAGCGGUAGCGGCACCGUCUGCUACGCCGGCGUCUGUGUCAACUACAAGCGCGACCUCUACAAGCGCAGUCUCGUCAAGCGGGCUACUGACUCCGUAUCUGCAACACUAUAUGUCGCCCUUGCACUGUCGGUGAUCAAUUUUAUCCUAUUCGGCGUCACCUUCGCCCUCUACACCAUCAACAUGUUCCGGCACCGAGCUGCCCUUUCGAAUGCAAAAGGCAACAAUAUCCCCAUGGGCAAUGGCCACGUGGCGGCCAACCGAAUGGAGAAGGGGAUAGUCAUGAACGGACGCCAGUGA